AUGAACAACGGCACAACCAGCAAGGGCUAUGGUUUUAACUCAGAUGGGUUCAGAUAUGGAGUAGCUUUUGUAAUUGGGUCGCUGGUAUUACUUCUCACGGUGGCUUUUGCAUGUGUGCGCCUUCGCAUGGCCGGAAUUCCACCAUCUCAUCCCACAAGAGAUGAAGACUCAGCUGAACAAGGCUUUGAUCACAUCGACACAAGCUUUGAAAGCUAUCCGAAACUUUUAUACUCCCAAGUAGAGAAGGGUUCAACUUCAACCAGCAUCCCUUCUUCUAGCUGCUCCAUCUGCUUAGGUGACUACAAAGAGGGUGACAUUUUGAGUUCAGAGGAGUCUGUGUUAUUGCUAGUGAGCUUUAUUAUUCUGACUCUUAUCGUCACACUUGCUGCUUAUUUGUGCUCUACUGAUAUUCCACGUACUACUCCUUCUGUUCCUGCAGCUGUGACGCACUCCAACCACACCACAAUCACUGUGGAGGCACCUGAGCCAUGCAUAGAUCAGAGUGUCUGCAACUUUCCAAAUCUCCAAUUUUCCAAAACCAAAUUGUGUGGUAGCACUAGCAGUAGCUCUUCAAGCUGUUCCAUAUGCUUGAUGGAUUACAAAGACCGUGAUUCCUUGAGAGUGUUGCCUGCCUGUGGUCACUUCUUCCAUGUCAAGUGUGUUGAUCCUUGGUUGAGAAUCAAUAUGACCUGUCCAGUUUGUAGGACCCCAAUAACCCUCUCAGAUGUAACCAAAACUUUUUAG